GAAAAUCCCCUUUCCGCGGGCAUACCCAUCCCAUGGGCGGAGUGCUAAUUCCGGUUAUUGCAGCAUGACAGCAUUACGAUGAACCAAGGCAAACACGCUAUUUGUUUUUUUCUUUUGGUUGUUGAUGUUGCCUUUUCGACUACGCUUAAAAUGUAACCGGCUUAUCGAAUGUUUAUUAUUUUCUUUGAGCUACAAACUUUUUUUUUGCUAACCCUUCUAGCUAAAUCUCAUCGGUUGUCUCGUCGGUUGCCUCGGUAUUUACAUCAUCAUGGGAUCGGUUGCUCACUUGGGAAAGAAAAAGCAACACAACCAAAAAUAAUUUCCCCCAACCCCAUGCAGGUCUCAGUUGCCUCCACAUCCAAAAAAGAUUGGGCUAAUACAUACCAAAAGCUCAAACAUGACGUACCUUGUCAGCAAAAAACACGCUUCACGCUAUUUUCAUUUUCUUGUUUGCAUCUUUUUCGGUUUUUCUACCAUUUUAUCAAUAAUAUUUCUGUACAGUUUUGAUUCCUCCUUCAUGUCAUCUGAGGUUUAUCCGUGUGUCCAAAACAACUAACCUAAAAAAGACACACGCCCAAAUGGUGGCGCUCAGCCGUGUAUGAACUGUUUAAAGCCCAGCUUGAGGCCGUACUGAUAAAAAAAAGUUCCCGAGUGGUUUUUUUUUUC